AGCAAUCUGCCCGGAAGCACGCAAAUGGACGACUACAGCUACCAGCACGCGCAGCGCCGCUCGAUGAGCAUGUACGAGACGCCCGUGUACAAGCGGGCGUCGCUGCCGUCGCUCGCCUCGAUCGACUCGACCAAGUCGGUCCACCACCCGAUGGAGAACACGGGCUCGGCGCCGAUCCCGAUCCCGUCGUUACGCCCGGCGUCGACGCCGUCGGCGCUCCCAAGCUUGGCCUCGUACUCGCCUGGCUACACCAACUCGUACACGUCGACGGCCUCGUCGUCGUUCUCCGAGUCGGUCGCGCUACCGAAGCUGCGCUCGAUGAGUCUCGGCGAGUACAUUCCGCAGCGCCGCGAGCCCACGACGCCGCCUUCAAUGCACGCCUCGAGCUACCAGGACCCGCACGAGAUGCACCGCUACAUGCACCAGCGCCAGAUGGAGCCCGACGUCAUGCGCUUCAACCAGAUCAAGACCGAGAUGCACCCGUCGAACGGCUUUCGCCCGAUGCCGACCACCGCGUUUGGCUCGUUUGAGACCCCCGCCGAGGCCAAGUAUAUGCCGCGCCCCGACAUCCCGCUCUCGCGCAGCUGGAACCCGAGCAGCUACAUGACGCAGAACCCGGUCCAGCAGCGCUCGGUGCCCACGUUUAGCUUUUCGCCGCAGACGAGCGCGAGCUGGAGCCCUGCGUCGACGAUGCUCCAGAACGCGGUGCCGCAGAGCGCGUCGUCGGACGACGACGAGCAGCCAGACGAAGAGAGCGACCCGAUGAACCGCGGCUCGGGCCGCGUGUGCCGCACCAAGUCGUGCAAGAACGUCGCGCGCUCCAAGGGCCUCUGCCGCAGCCACGGCGGCGGGAAGCGCUGCACGGAGCCCGGCUGCACGAAGAGCGCGCAGGCCAACAAGAAGUGCAUUGCGCACGGCGGCGGCACGCCGUGCUCGUUUGAAAACUGCGACAAGACGGCGCAGUCCCGGGGCCUUUGCAAAGCUCACGGCGGCGGCGCGCGCUGCAAGUUCCCGAGCUGCCCCAAGUCGAGCCAGUCGCGCGGCUUUUGCCGUGGCCACGGCGGCGGCGUGCGGUGCAAGGCCGACGGCUGUGAAAAAUGGGUCCAGCGCAACGGCUUUUGCAUCAAGCACGGCCGCGAGCAGAACUAAAGCGGCUCGUCGGUGUCGGUGUCGCGUGGGUGUGUCUUAACUUAGUCGUUGUUUAGUAGCAUGGAUGAAUCAAUAAAACAGAAGUAGUCGUAGUAGA